UUCCCAUCGCUCAUCGCCCAUGUUCCCUUCUCCUUCAUCUCACACCUGGUUUUCCACAAAUUAACAAAGCAAGUCAGUUAGUAACCAUCCUUCAUCAAUCAAGUCUACGGUUCAAGAGAACUUUUCCCUCCAUACACCAAGACUGGUGGAGCUAUGGGUGCACCAAUCCCAGAAGAUCAGCUGCCAGAGCAGCUCUUCCUGGAUUAUUCCAUCCGUGAUAUCCAAGAAGGUCGUCUCGUUGCGGCCAAUGACCCGUGGGCUCCUUUAUAUCUCGAUGCCAUCCGCGAUGGGAGGUAUGGGGAUGCGGUGUGGGCGCGAUAUCACAUCGGCGGAGAUGUGGAAAACGGCAUCGUUGGUGGCUCUGGUGGUCUGACCGUCCUCGAGGUGAUCAAGGAGGAUGCCCUGGCAUACCGAGUGUCGCACCCGGAAGAAUACUUCAAGGCCGUGGCGUUCUAUCGCGGCACGAGCAAGGACGAUGGGCGUGCCGAUGUCCUGGAUGUCAUUUGCAUUCUUGAUAAACGGGAAAUCGCGGAGAUAGAGGCUAGGAGGAAGAAGAAGGAGGAGAAUCAACUGGAGGAUUAAGGCUGCUUGAUCCUGCUUUUGCGGUG